AUGCACUUCUCACGGACUCUCUUCCCCAUCAUCUCACUCGCGAGCUUGGUUGCAUCUUCACCACUUGCACACAACGAGCGUGAUGUUGCGUCAACAAGUCUACGGCAACCAUCUGCCACCACCACCACAUCCUCGGACGCGCCUUGUCCAACCACACCAGAGGCAGGCACCUACUGCGGCUUUGUGAAUCCAGAGGACCCAUGUGCACCGCAACCCGGCGGCCAAGGACCAAGCGUAGUCCCGGACACAGUGUCAGCCUUCACACACUACACACCCUUUCAAAGCAUGUCUCUAAACAACACUUACACACCCGGCUACACCUCCAUCUUCACAAACCUCACUGCGGCGGCAAACCUCAAUAACUACCUCGGUCUCAACUACCUAGACACCUAUUCUCCCUCUGCCUGCGCCGCAAAAUGCAACGAAGCAGCAAAUUGCACAAGCUUUAAUGUCUACAUUGAACGCGACCCCAGUCAAAACCCCACGAAAAACGACUCUUCAGCGCCAACAGUAUGGGGAUACUGGUGUCCAAACCCGCCUUCUAUUACAAAUUUCGUGUGCGCGCUGUGGGCCGAUGCAAUGUACAACUCCUCGGCAACAAACCAUGGCCAAUACAGAGGCGGCGACUUUGAAGUCGUCAUUGUGGGCAGUAACGGCUUUGUCAAGAAUGGCGUUUACAUUUCUACGAACUAUUGGAGUGGGAUGCCUGCUUCGGUGCCGACGUCGGGGAUGCCGGGGCCGAGUGCGAGUGGUAUUGUGGCGUUUACGGGUGCUGCGGGGAGAGCUGAGAGUAGGUGGAUGUGGAGUGCAGGUGCGUUUGUGGUUGCUGUGUUGAUAAUGUUGUAA